AUGGAUUCUAGAGUACUGUUUGACGCAGCUUUCACCGGAGAUGUGAAUACCUUGCAAGAAUUAAUCCAAGAAGAUCCUCUAGUCCUCCAUACUGUAACAGUCGCUACAUCAAACACACCAUUGCACAUUGCUGCGCUUCUUGGUCAUACUCAAUUCGCCAUGGAAGUGAUGCAAAAUUAUCCUGGAUUAGCAGAUGAACUUAACCAGCAAGGUCUUAGCCCCAUCCAUUUGGCCUCCGCAAAAGGCCACAGGGAGACUGUGAGGGAGAUGCUGGUUCGUCGACCCGAUCUUGCUCUUAUAAAAGAUGAGGAUGGAAAUGUUCCCCUUCACACGGCCACCAUUAGAGGGAGGAAAGACAUCUUGACAGAGCUUUUUACAACUGAAUCAGCAAAAAAGCUGACCUCAAGUGAGGAGACUGUUCUGCAACUCGCUGUGAAACACAAUCGAUACCAGGCACUAGAGCUGUUGAUUCAGCUUGCCAAUCAACACCAAAUUGGCAAUGAGCUUCUCAAUGCCGUGGAUACAGGCCGUAAUACCGUGCUUCACCUUGCUUGUGCUGGAAAAAAAUCAAAGAUGGUCAAGCUUCUGUCAAGCACUGGCGUGGAUGCAAAUGCAGUUAAUUCUGAAGGACUUACUGCGUUAGACUUGGUGGUAAGAUCGGCGAAAGGAUCUAAUGGUGCAGAUGAAAUACAAGAAAUAAUUCGAAGUGUAGGAGCAGAGCUUACAGAGCGAGUUGAACGGCUAGUGCAAUCCAUUGUCAGUAACCAACAAGGAAGCUCGGUAGGUAGAAGGGAAAGGUUUGUUGGAUCAUUAAAGAAUGGCAUUGGCAUUUUGGCAGCCAUCUUUGCCUCGCUAUCUUUCCAAGUGGGAAUGAAUCCUCCCGGAGGUGUGUGGCAGGAAUGGGCUUCAUCCAAUACUACUAAAGCUGCUAUAGCUGCUACUGCUGGUGGUGACAACGACACCGAUCCCAACUCGUGGAGUGAUUCGUUAUUCGUAGGUUUGUUCGAGUUGGCUAGCGUUAGUGAUGGCGACUCACACAAGCCUGGACUAUCCAUUGGUUGGGAAUUAGGCAAAAACAAAUUCCUCAACUUUCUCUUGUGCAAUUCGCUAUGCUUUUUCUUAUCAAUAGCAGUAAUUGUGGUUGUAGCAUUGACUGAAGUCUUCCUGUGGGACUGGCAAUCUACUUCACUUCUUUUGUUGCCUAUGAUGUGCGUUCUCUUGCUUAUUUCUGCAGCAGAGUUUGUAUUUGGGGUGGCUAUAGUUACAGAUACUAGCGUGGCAAAUGUAUUUCCACUUCGAGCUUUGAUCGUGAGCAUUGGAGGCACCGGUGGUGGUGCAGUGGCAUUAAUAGCCAUCUUCGUUCCUCCUGCACAAAAGUCGGGCACAGAGCAUAUGAAGAAAUUUGCUCCAAAAUUACGUUGGAUUUUAUCAUCUCCUGAAUGA